CAACACUCGAUUCACCAUCAUCAACUUUACCAGUCAGUAACACAUUGUCACUUAGAAAAGCAUUGUUCUUCAAAUCAGUCAAACCAAUAUGACAAUACAAAACUCAUUGUUCUUGGUCUUUGUUCUAAUAAUAGGUGCAUUCUAUUCCUCCACCACCUCAGCCCAGCUGUCUCUGGCAGCGUCUCCGCCUUCUUCAACAUCACCGGUGUCAACUCCAACAGCGCCGCCAGCUGCUGCCCCUGGACUGAAUACAGUUCCUUUGGUACCUGCUUCACCCAGUGGAGCCCCGACACCGGCCAUACCCAAGGCUCCCACCAUUGAUAUAGUGCAAAUUCUGAGGAAAGCCAAGAGAUUCUCUGUCUUGAUACGGUUGCUGAAGACAACCCAAUUAAUCAACCAACUCAACUCACAGCUCACAACUUCCGGCUCCUCCGGCGGAUUGACCGUUUUUGCGCCGGAGGAUAGUGCCUUCUCCAAGCUCAAACCAGGGUUCUUGAACUCCCUCGGUGACAGGCAAAAGGUGGAGCUUCUUCAGUUCCACACCAUCUCUUCCUUCGUUUCCAUCUCCAACUUCGAUACUCUCACCAACCCAGUUCAGACCCAGGCCGGCGAUGACCCAAAGAGGCUCCAACUCAACGUCACAACAGAUGGUGGAAGCCGAGUGAGCAUGACCACCGGCGCGGUUAACGCCACCGUGACGGGCACCGUAUACACAAAUAACAAGCUCGCCAUAUAUCAGGUGGAUAAAGUGCUUCUUCCACUUGACUUCGUGCUUCCUAAGGCAGCUCCGGCACCUUCGCCAGCGGUGGCAGCGAAAGCAGAUUCGCCUAAAUCUGAUAACACCAAGUCGUCUUCUGCAAAUGAGAAUGAAGAUAGUGAUGACAACGCCAAUAAGGCCAAUACUGUGGAAGCCUCUGCAGGUUCUGUGAAUGUUCAUGCAGCGAUGAUACCUCUUGUUAUUGUAUCAAUGGCGUUUCUCGGUGGAGCCAUGAUAUGAAGUGGCCAGAAGGGGAGAUGUUGUGGGACAUUUCUUUUUUGUUUAUUUUUCAUUUU